GGAUUAGCAAUAAAUGUAAAACUAGCUUUACGUUAGGUCAACUGGGAGAUUGGGGGAGAGAAAUAUCGUUUGAUAUAUUUACUCAUAUUGCUCACCAACACACGAACCUACUUCUACUCUGCUGUUAAAAUAAAAUAAAGUCAGUUGAUAAUCGUUGCCCAAAUAAAACAGUCGCUUUAAGAUUAAAAUUCUAGUAGUGCCAAUAAAGUGGACUUGUUAUUUGCUCGCCGUAUUUGAUUGGGUGUAACUUGGUGUCCGGAAGUGCUAGUGAGUCAGUGCCGUUCGAGUAGGGUCCUCUGAGGCCACAUCCUGCCACUCCCGAGCCGUUGGUGCAACAUAAACUGGUGCCGUGACCAGGAUUGUGGCAAUAACUUCCGCGAAGACAUCGCCGAUCGUCUUUGCAUCCGUCCGCCGGACAACGAAGCCGGACUGACUCGCCAUUUUCGACGCCGAUCCAAGGACAAUACCAGCUAUUCAGUCCUUUGUCCUGGAACCGAUCCGACGCCAUCCCAGUAGUCCUGAUUUUUAUGCUUUGCAUGUGCAUGCCGAAUCGUCGCUGAGUGAUCGAAGCAGUGAAGUGAAUCACCGACCCGCCGAGCUGCGAACGACUUUAGUGCCCGAACGUGCUUCUUGUGAUCGCUACCACGCCGUGGUAGGUGCAUCGUCCCGUUCCUUUUGAAAAGCUACGAACUGUGUACCAGCAGUGAGGCCUGUGAUUGUUCGUGCUUGAGGAAAAUCGCUCGUGACGUCCGAUAAAUUGGCAACUACCUUGCUGUGACCACGCCGUAGUCCGCAUCGUGAUCCAUCCAUACUCCUUCUGCUGUGUUGCUGCUCAAAAUAAAUUUACAAGGCAUUGAAUUUGCCUUGGUCAGGUUCUAUUCUUCGGUGCAUCGUUCCUUCAAGAUGGCCGACGAACGUCGGAAGCAGGUGCUGAUAUCCCGUCGCACCACGUUGCUCGCCUCGCUAGGUCGUGCGGAGCAAUUCAUGACGCAAUACCAGGAGGAACGGGACAAGCUCGAGGUGGAUUUGCGAUUGGAAAACCUGGACGUGCUCUGGCAGGGGUUGGAAGAAGCUCAAACCGAAUUAGAGGACACAGAGGAGGAAAAUGAAGGCAUGGUGAGAAAUUUGACGUACCGCUCUAACUUCGAAUCGCAACUCUUCAAAAUAAAAGCUUUUCUACGCUCUAAACUUCCGGCUCCUAUUUCUAUGCAAGCUAAUCUCCCUCAAAUUACCGCUACUGGGGCUCCUUCCACUCUAAAGGGUCUAAAACUGCCUACUAUCUCAUUGCCUGAGUUUUCCGGGGACUAUAAAGACUGGCUAGCUUUUCACGAUACGUUUUUGGCGCUAAUUCAUACGAAUUUGGAGGUGGCAGACAUCCAAAAAUUUCAUUAUUUACGAGCUGCUGUUAAGGGUGAAGCCGCUCAGCUCAUCGAGUCGAUUGGGAUCAGUGCGGCCAAUUACCAGCUGGCAUGGGAUGCUCUUGUCAACCGUUAUGCGAACGAAUACCUGCUGAGGAAACGUCAUGUACAAGCUUUGUUGGACUGUCCGACGAUGAAGCGAGAGUCUGCAUCCGCCCUGCAUGCAAUAGUUGACGAUUUUGAAAGGCAUGUGAAAAUUCUUGGUCAACUAGGUGAACCGGUGGAGUCAUGGAGCACCAUGCUGGAGCACAUCUUGUGUACACGGUUGCAUGAUGACACUUUGAAAGCGUGGGAAGACUAUGCGUCCACUUUGGAUACUGUUACCUACAAGCACCUUGUCGAAUUCCUACAGCGUCGUAUGCGGGUCCUCGAAUCGAUUUCCGUCAAUCAGCACCAUCAACCAGAGCCAGCGCAGCCCCCAGCCUCUUUCUCCAAAAGGUCAUUCCCGAUGAAAGUUUCUUCCCAUGCUGCCGUCGAAAGUCCUUCCCUGAAAUGCUAUGCUUGCGAUCAACGUCAUCCGUUAAUCAAGUGCUACAAAUUCGACAAGUUGCCGAUCUCCGAGAAAAUGAGUCUCAUUAAUUCCAAACGCCUUUGCCUCAAUUGCUUCCGCAACGAUCACCUCGCGCGAAACUGCAAUUCCAAGUACAGUUGUAAAGUUUGUCAGAAACGUCAUCAUUCGCUCAUCCACGCCGCCUAUGUAGACCAUUCCAACAGAUCCAAUGCUGCUACUCCGUCUUCGUCGAGCGCUUCCACAUCUUCUGUGCAAACCAACGUAGCUACCACCGAAUCAGUUCCUCUAGUAUCAGCUUCCACGAUAGCAGAACCCGAAAAUCAAGUGUGCAGUGUGCCGAUGCAAGGUUGUGGAAGAAACGUCUUCAUGCUGACAGUAGUUCUGAAAGUCGUCGAUUGUUAUGGUCAGGAACAUCUGGCGAGAGCAUUGUUGGAUUGUGCAUCGCAGCCGAACAUCAUCUCCGAAAACAUGGCGCAGAUAUUACGUUUGCCAAGAAGUAAGAUUCGCUCCCGAAAAGAAGAAUUCGCUAUCAACGUCGAUUUUCUGGUCCUUAAAAGUGUCAUUCCAAAACUUCCCACACACGAUGUAUCAGUUGACGAUUGGAAUUUGCCUCAAGAUUUGUUCUAUGCCGAUCCAAACUUCAACAAAAGCGCCGGAAUCGACAUGAUAAUAGGCAACGAACUUUUCUUCUCUUGCUUCAAGUCGGCUGCUAGGAUCCACCUGUCUGAUUCAUUACCGCUGUUAGUAGAUAGCGCCUUCGGUUGGAUAGUCAACAAUCCCAAAAACUCCCGUGAAGCCACAGCCUGUUCCAUUACAGUGAUGUCCUUGGUAUCCCUCGAAGAAAGUCUGGAACGUUUUUGGGAAAUAGAAGAGCUUCCAACUAGGUCCUCCUACUCUUUGGACGAGAAGAAAUGUGAGGAAAUAUACGCAUCUACGGUCCACCGGAACUCCGAAGGGCGUUAUGUCGUUCGCCUUCCAAGGAAAACCAACUUCCACGAGCUUGUAGGAGAAUCAAAAACAGCCGCACUACGGCGAUUUGAGCUGCUCGAGCGUAGGCUCGACCGCGAUUCCCACCUGAAAGAAGAGUACCAUAAGUUCAUGCAAGAAUACUUGGACUUGAACCAUAUGCGGUUGGUCUCCGAUGAAGAAGAAAGUUCGAGACAAUGUUUCCUACCUCAUCACCCUGUGCUGAAAGAGUCCAGUUCGACGACAAAAGUACGUGUCGUCUUCGACGCAUCCGCCAAAACAUCUACUGGCUACUCCCUAAAUGAGGCACUUCUUGUAGGACCUGUAGUGCAGGACGAUAUCCACACCAUAUGCCUCCGGUUCCGUACAUUUCCAGUGGCUUUGGUAGCUGAUGUGGCGAAAAUGUAUCGCCAGGUUUUACAUCAUUCCGACGACACACCAUUCCAGCAAAUCCUUUUUCGCUUCAAUAGAUCUGAUCCUGUGCAAACGUAUCGUCUUCUUACCGUAACCUACGGCAUGGGGCCGUCUUCAUUCCUAGCAACUCGUACCCUCUUGCAACUGGCCGAUGAUGAAGGAAAAGCAUACCCGCUAGGAGAACCAGCACUCCGAAAAGGAUUUUACGUUGAUGACUUCAUCGGCGGAGCUCAUUCCGUAGAAGAAGCAAUCCAGCUGAGGACCGAAUUGGGAGAAUUGAUGGCAAAGGGCGGAUUCUGUUUACGAAAAUGGACCUCGAACAAGCUAGAAGUGCUACAAGGACUAGAAGCUGACCAGAUCGGGACUUAG